ACCCUGGUCGACCCCAUUGGCUGAAUUGAAGUCACCUGGCCCAGAUGGGCCAAUCAGAUGCAACACCCACCUAGGUGUUCCACACCUUCCUGACUGGACGCUUGAACCUGCGUCCUGGAACACUGAUGGCGAACUUUAAGGGCCAUGCUCUCCCAGGGAGUUUCUUCCUGAUAGUUGGACUUUGGUGGUCGUUGAAGUUCCCACUUAAAUACUGUCAUCAAAAACGGAAGAGCAACCAUAUGAACCACAAUUAUUCACGUCUCGAGAUAGCUGAAGCAGUAAUUAGGACUGUGUUUCCAAUUAUUGGUAUUCUGGCAGAGCAGUUUGUUCCAGAUGGGCCUCACCUCCACCUGUCUGCUGACGACCACUGGGUCAAGCUGAUGAACUGGCAGCACAGCACCAUGUACCUGUUCUUUGCAGCUUCAGGAAUCACUGAUAUUCUCACCUACUCUGUCACCUACCUUCCUUUGGGGAUGGACAGAUUGGUUAUGGCUCUGGCAGUAUUCAUGGAAGGUCUCCUCUUCUACUUCCACGUUCAAAACCGACCACCACUGGAUCAACACAUCCACUCACUCCUGCUGUUUCCCCUGUUUGGUGCGACCGCCUGUCUCUUCCUAGAAGUGAUCCUCCGGGAUAAUAUUGUGCUGGAACUUUUCCGAACCACUCUUACUGUUCUUCAGGGAACCUGGUUCUGGCAGAUUGGGUUCGUCCUGUUCCCGCCUUUUGGAAGACCUGAGUGGGACCAGAAAGAUCACGGGAAUAUCAUGUUCAUCACCAUGUGCUUCUGCUGGCACUGCUUGGGUGCUCUCUGCAUUGUACUCUCCAACUACGCUCUUGUUCAAUGCUUUAUGAAGAGACUGAAAAAGUGCAGCGGUGGAGAAAUCAUUGGGAUCCAGAAACUAAAGUCAGGUCACCCUUACCACACUGCCCUCUUAAAUGCAUCAGAUGAAGAAUGAGAUACAGGUACCAGGAAUAGUGAUGCCAGACGGCAUGUCUUGGUGAAGUACCCUUCACAGAGGAAAACACAAGUCAGCCCCAUUCGCGGCAAGCUUCUUCUGGUUCCCAGGGCCAGCACUGAGUGCAGAGCAGGAAGUGGCCUGAUGAACUUGAGGUGUGAAUAAAGCAACAGGUUCAAUGCUUAACUUCCUCCUUUCUCCAGAAAGUGGACACUCUUAUGAGAGAUACCAAGCAUGAUAAAAUGGACAGUGCCUCCAGUUUACAGACACAACUCUCACUUCUGUAUUUUUUUAAAGUGACAUCCUACACAUGCCGAAAUGCAUCCUAAUAAUCAUAACCCACUAAAAGACUGCACUACCAGUGCUCAUAAGAGAUGAGUUGGCCCUAGGUGAUUCUGUAAAAUCAGCAAGUUAGUGACCCACGUGAUUUGAAAUGCAAACAUUUUAACUCCUCAAAGGUGCCUCCAUGGAGGAUGAUGAUAGGAGAGGUCGUAGGAGUACAUGACAAGGUCUUGAAUCUGAUACAGAUGAAAGAAAAGCAUGUACAAACUUUGGUAGCUACCCGUCAUUGUGAACCAACCCCACAAAGGUCUGUCAUACCACAGUAAUUCAUACAAAUGUGAGGAACAGUAAUUCAUACAAACAAAUGGAUGCUUCUUUGUAACAUGCAUCAAAACACUAUGUAUCUUGUUAAAGAUGAUUUUGUGUA